GUGACGUCAUCCCCAAACGUGUACUUCCCAGAAUCAGAGCUGUCAAUCCAGACGUGCCAGCAAGAGAAAGGACAUAAGACACCAUUAGAUGUCGUGGACAUCCGAGUAGUCGUCCUUAUCAUGUGAUCGGGCGGUUAGACAGGGGCUUUGGUAACAUCUGCAGCAACUGGUUUGGUACGGAGAGACGAUUCCUGCCCUGCGUAGAGAAUUACUACACAUCCCUCAGUACUGUGUCUCUGUAUCUAGCACAGAUGACAUAGAGUACACACUUCACUAUGUCUGAAGGGGAGAAAGCAAAUCCUGAAGUAGGACAUAAAGUGAAGGCCACAUCUCAUGUACCCUUACAAGGCACUGAAGGUGUGGGGAGUGAAGCAAGUAGAACUCAAGUGUUAGGGAACACGUAUGAUGCCGCUGGCUCCUUGACCACAGAACCAUCUACUGACAUGCCUGUAGGAGGAGACCGUGGAGGAGAUAGUGGAACAGGAGGAGAUGGUGGAGGCAGAAAAGAUGGAGCUAAGGGAGGAGAAGGAAAAUGUGGAGUCGGAGAUGUUGACGGAGGAGGAGAUGGUGGUGAGGAGGUGGCAGAUCUUUCUCACGUUAAACUAUCUCUAGAAGCAGAUUCAUCCGUAUCACACACCGAACCCACGACUGACAAGAGAUCUGUUCAACACAGCUUCCCACCCAGCCUUCCAGCUUUUCUGUGCCCAUUGUUACUCAUGGAUACACGGAUAUAAACACUCACCAAGUAGGGUACCCACACCAUCACCAUAAUCUAGUUCGACCAAAAUCUGGACCAGAAUAUGACAGGCACAACCCGCCAUCUGGACCAAGAUAUGACAGGCACAACCCGCCAUCUGGACCAAGAUAUGACGGGCACAACACACCAUCUGGACCAGAAUAUGACGGACGCCCUCCACCAUCUAGAACAAUAUAUGACGGGCACAACCCACCAUCUGGACCAAGAUAUAACAGCCACAACCCACCUUCCGGACCAAGAUAUGACGUGCACAACCUACCAUCUGGACCAGGAUAUGACAGGCACCAUCCACAAUCUGGACCAGGAUAUGACGGACACAAUCCACCACCUGGACCGGGAUAUGACAGGCACCACCCACAAUUUCGGCCACACUAUGAAUGGCAGCAUCCACCAUCUGGACCGGAAAAUGAUAGGCACCACCCGCCAUCCGGAUCUGUUAUGCCUCACACGAUGCAACAACAACAAAUGUGUACCCAGGCAUCCACCCUACACCCAGGUCCUUCUGCAGCAUCUACACAGGGUCGGCAGGAGGCUGGUUACCCUCAAGCCGCUCGACCACCACACGACAUCAUGCCCACCCACGCCAUGGGUCAGUAUGGUCACUGGGGUUCACCAGGCUAUGGAAUGCAAUCCCCUUCCCCUGAAGUCCCUUCCCUGAGCAAACCUCUCCCUCAUCAAACUGGGUGUCCGGAAACGUCAUCGACGCCUUCAUCUGACAAUGAAGCUGAGCCGGUGAUAAUUGAGGACGAGUUCCGUGUUCUUGUUGAAAACGCCAGUAGUUCGACACAAGUGGACGUCAUACAGAACUUCCUGGAGGCCAAAACCAAGUUGUCAGUUGAAGCUGUACUACCAGGAGCACGUACUGGGUCGUUCCUGGUGACCUUCACGGAAAAGCCAGACAUUGGGGAACUCAAGUCCUGUUUCAUGAAAAGACCGAUUGAGGAUUCCUGGCUGAAAGUGUCCCACGUGUUGCAGUCAGCCUGUGUAAAGGUGACGUCCCUGACGCAGGACACUACGGACGACAGCAUCAAGUUCUACUUCAUGAACAGACGCAAGAGUGACGGAGGAGACGUCAGGACUGUCACACGUUCCCCAGACGGGACCGGAGCAAUCGUACACUUCUAUGACCCUGAAGUUGCUAGGAGAGUUUGUGCAAGAACCCACAAGUUACACAAGACAGAUGUGGUUGUCACAUUCCACCAUGAGCUGCUGGAACCUUGGGGAAGCAAGGAUGAGCCCUCGCAUGGCACUUCACCAGCGAACACAGGUGCACAACAGGGACCUAGAUCCAGCCGGUCUUCCGGGACAUCUGGCCGAGGAAAUCACCGCAGUGUCAUCGAGGAGCCGGCAGCCACCAGCAGAUCUACAACCAAAGUCGCUGGGAAAGCUCAGCCAGGCAGACAAGCUGAUCCUCCAGAAGGAAUGAGUCGAUCAGUGAUCAUUAAGACACUGGACGUCUAUGUGGUGGAUUUCCUGUGGAAGUCUGCUCCCGGUCAGAAAGAAUUUGUGAAAUAUAUGAAGGAAACCUUACAUAGCAGUGUCAGAUUUAUCCCUCAGCCCGAAAACAGAGUGAUGCUGUUAGUUGAACACAGUGGUCCUGUACAUUCAUGUAGUGCAUGGAAAGCAACCAUUGAAAAAGAAGUGUCAGAAUAUGUCAGUACAUAUCUGAAAGUCGAAUGUUUGCGAACGUCUGUGCCUGAAUGUUUGCUGGGUGAUAUUCUCAAGGCAGUCAACCCCAUCCUGAAGAGCAACCCAUCUUUAGUGCGACUGAACCACGGAAAGAAGAACACAGAUCUCAUCAUCUGCGGCUUCAGGGGAAAGUGGAUGAUGUAACCUUCAAAUUUCGAAAGUGAAACAAUCAGCAAAACCUGUUUCACCACCAAGGACAGAAAGCUGCCAGUUGAAACAAUUUCAGGCAAGAUACUUAUCUUUUUCCAAGGUUAAGGACAGGUUUCCGAAGGUGACUACAAGAAUCGACACUGAGACAGGCAUUUUUACAUUUGAAGGUCCCAGUGCUGAUGUAAUUGCUGCAAAAUUAGCAUGUCUGAAAGUUGCUCAGAAUCUAGUGCUUGAAGUUGUUACUUUCAAGUCACAGGAAGCCACGAAAGUUCUGGGAUCUCAUGAAACAACUGACUUCAUACAAACUAAACUGAAAAACGCCCAUUGUUUAUGGGAAUUAGGUGAGAAGGAGGUUCGGAUCUGUGCAGAAACAGAAACUGA